AUGGACGAAAAGUUUGACGUGCGGCUGCUGAAGCGAGCUUUGGGCGAAACGAGAAGAAAUCGGUCCGUCAAAACUCUGUAUGGGGAUAAGUCGUGGGUGGAGGAUUUGGAUAUUGUCAAUGAGCUUGGAGCUCACACCGGCUGCGUCAAUGCUCUGUGUUGGUCGACAGGUGGCAACCUUCUGGCUUCAGGCUCCGACGAUACCUACCUCAACAUCUGGGAUUACAAUCCGCCUGGAAGUACCAGACCCUUCUCGCUGAACACGAGUGUGAGCACUGGUCACCAUGCAAACAUUUUCUCAGUCAAGUUCAUGCCCCACACGGCCGAUCGCACCGUCGUCACUUGCGCCGGAGACUCCGAGGUUCGCGUCUUCGACCUUGAGUAUGGCGGAGCUGCAACCCAGAAUAGCUCAGGCGACGCAGGGACAAGGAGCCGGAGGUUUAACAAGUUCUUUCAGAACGCGAGGUGGCUGAAUGAAGGGAACACAAACUGUCGGGUAUACCGAAGCCAUUCGGACCGCGCAAAGAGAAUAGUGACCGAAUCCAGUCCAUACCUGUUCUUGACAUGCUCUGAGGAUGGCGAAGUGCGUCAAUGGGAUCUCAGACUGCCGUCCUCAGCAUAUCCUGUGCCUCGGGGAUCUCGUCGGUACGCACGAUUGCACCAGGGAACCGAGACCGAUAGCGGUGACGCCCCUCCCCCCCUCAUCUCCUACAAGAAAUAUGGCCUCGAUUUGAACAGCAUCUCCUGCGCACCCAGUCAGCCACAGUAUAUUGCGCUCGGUGGGGCUCAUCUGCAUUGCUUCCUGCACGACAGGCGUAUGCUGGGUCGAGAUCUGGACUCUGAGAAGGGUCAGCCUGCCACCCGGAAGCCUGCCGUGGGAUCGUUCGAAGAUGUGGCCAUGGCCGAAGCAACCAGAUGUGUUAGACGAUUUGCCCCCAAUAACAAGCGCAAGAUGGGAUCACGCGAUCAUGGUCACAUCACGGCCUGUAAGAUCAGUGAUGCCAAUCCCAAUGACCUCAUAGCCUCUUGGUCUGGAGAUCAUAUCUACAGCUUUGAUAUUGUCAAGUCGCCCGACGCGAGGGAAGCUGAUGCUCGAGCCAACGAGGAAUUCCAGGCCACCCGGCUCAGAAAUCUCUCUGACCGCAAGAGGAAAAGGGGAAAAGCAAACGCCUCUUCCAGCAGUCUUGGGGAUGCAGCCAAUCCCAGCAGGCGUCUAAGGAGGGUUCCAGACGAUCGCCCAGAAAACGGCCACACUGCUCUCCGAGCGAGGCUUGCUGAUGGAGAAACUGAGCUUAUCCCUAUUCCAUCAAGUGUGUCCGAACCUGCAGCUGAGUCACCUUCAGCUCAUGAGCUUCUGCUCUCAGAAGCUCAGAGAUCAAGCCUACGAGUGGCAAGAGCACUCAUUCAACUUCGCAAGACCUUGUUUGACUUUUCUGCUUCGUUAGGCGCUGACGUUCCUGCCACCAUGGAGGAGUCUCCAGAAUUGACACCCCAUACAGCGGCAUUUACUAGUGCCCUUGGCCAGUGUGCUUCCCUACUUCCUCAAAUGGACGAGGUCAUCCGUACUUGGUCAUAUCCAAUAAACCCGAGUGAGGAGGACGUGAUUCUGCAAAACGCCUUGAGGAGAAAUCGACAGUCGAGCUGGCGAUUCGUGCAAGCUGCCGGUUGCUUGGCCCGCAUCCUCGGCGGUCGUUUGCAAAGUCUCAGUUCCGCCCCUGACGUUCGGCUUGCGCAGUUCGACCAGGUCAAACCUGCUGCUCACGAAGGUAAGAACAUCCGCAAAGAGUCGAGAUUUUGCUACGACUUCCUGAAGGCGAUUCUUCUCUGGUUGGAUGGUGGGCAGUCUGCAGUGUUGCAAGGAUUCAAGCGGCCACCCAAUGUGAGUGCCGAGAGUCCUCGAUUCCCUCUUGAUGAAGAGGACACCAUACAGAACUUUGUGCCCAAAUUGGAAGCCUACCUCUUGGACCUCGCAGAUGAUGACACACCGAUCGUCGACCUCGAAACAAAUCGUUUCGAGCGAGACGAGACUCGUCAUGUUUUCCAGAGUCAGAGGUCGGCUGUGCUGGCCUUUACGAGAGCUCUUGGCAAUAUUGAGUUGGUGGCGAGCCAAGGCAUGUCUGAGACUCGGGCCAACCCUUCGAGCCCCGCCACGACAAUACGUGUAAUGGAUAAGGGCGCGGCGGCGAGAUUCUGGGGGGUCAAGGUAGGCCGCUCCUUGCUCAUGCAUGCUGCGGAGGGUGUCACCUUCGAGUUUGUGAAUCUAGCGUUCGGGGGAUUAAGACUUCAGUCAGCUGGUUCCGAUAUUGAAGGAGAACGGUCACAGGAAGACAUCGACCCGGACGAAGAGGAACGAAUUGUCGAAGCCAUUGAUCUUGUGAGAGUUCACCCCGAAGAGUCCUCAACGGAUUCGCCCCAAACCGCUCGCGAGACUACUGAAGGAUCCAGCCAGGCCGAUGUUGAAAUGGGCACGCCUUUUACGGUCCACAUCGAGGAUGCGGACGAAGACGAAGACGACGACAACAACGAGAACGAAGAUUCUGAUUCGGAAGCCACAGGAUCCGACGAAGACGACGAGGAUGGGGAUGCUCCGGAACGCAUGAUCUUUCGAAGACGGUUGGGAUUUGCCCGGUACCGUGAACGAAGUUCUGUGAAUCUCCAGGUGCCCUACUCGUCACAUACCAAGAUUUACAGGGGCCAUUGCAACACACGUACGGUUAAAGACGUGAAUUACUAUGGUAUGAAUGAUGAGUUCGUCGUCAGCGGCUCUGAUGAUGGGCAUUUCUUCAUUUGGGAUAGGAAGACCUGCCGGAUCCUGAAUAUCUUGGAAGGGGACGGCGAAGUUGUCAAUGUGGUUCAGGGUCAUCCAUACGAGCCUAUGAUUGCCUGCAGUGGCAUUGACAGCACAGUCAAAAUCUUCGGUCCCGGAGGCGACAGUCGAGAACGUGAGGCGGCAGAGAAAGGGAUCGACAUUGCCAAUCCCGGCGGAAGUGUGCAUUCCUCGCUCAGGUUCGGGGGUCGACGAAGCCGACGCGCUCGAGGCGGGGGUGACGACGAUAGCGAUGAGGGUGAAGAUGGCACCGAAGCCGUGUCUUCUAGUGGGCUCAGAAGUCGUCGGGCAAUGCAUCGCAGUUACGAGAUCAUCAGUCAAAACGACGUGGAGCGGAGGCGCAGUGCAGGAGACACCUUUGUCACGGAGGGGAUGCUCGCUAGAUUCGCAUUGGCGAUUCAAAGAGGCCAGAUGCCGGGAGAUGCAGGGCUAGGUGCUGAGGGGGCAGUCCGCACCAUAAUGGUCGAUGACAAUUGUCUGGUUAUGUGA